UCUGCUUUUUUACAGUCAGCAGUUUGCUCAUCUCAUUUCCAUUCACUCAUCCUCCCUUGUAUCACUCCUCCAAUGCCGUCAAGUUGUUAAGAAACCGUCAGGACGAGGGGAAUGUGUGUAGGGGAGCCCCACUGGCAUUUCUUCACCAUAACUGGUGAACGUCUUCUGAGAAGAACCUCCACAUGAGGCGAGACAAAGGCAAGCGGUGAAGCUCAACAGAAAUCAGCCAUAACUGGCCCACAACAGUGCCAGAUUCCCCAGAUGUCAGCCAGAAAAGAGCCAAACUGCCACCACCUUUACUGACCCCAAACUGAACGAUUAGUUUUUGUUGGUGAGUGAUCGGAGGAGAUGGAUUUCUUGUAUUCACUCGUACUGUCAAGUGCCUGGGUUUUUCACCUUAUGGAUUUCAAAGGUGUGUGUGGGCAGCAGGCAUUCAAGACAGAGCCACGUAAUGUGACGGUCAGGGCGGGGGCCACAUCUCUGCUGAAGUGUGAAGUGCUGAGGGCCUCAGGGGCCGUGCAGUGGGUUAAAGAUGGGCUGCUCCUGGGACCUCAGAGAUCACUGCCAGGCUACCCACGCUACCGCAUGACAGGAGACCAGCAGAAAGGCCAGUACCAUCUUCAGAUUUUCAACGUGAGUUUGGAAGACGACGGCAUCUACGAGUGCCAAGUGGGGCGGUCCGUAAGCAGCCGUGCCAUUGUGUCCCGCACCGCCUGGCUCAAUGUGCAGAGUAAGCAAACCAAUCUUUUACCACCUCGCAAGGAGGGGGGUGCAAAUGGGGAAAAGAAGCACGCGGGGCAACUUUAGCCAUGACAGAUCGCUCAACCAGGGCCGCUAAUGGCUGCGCACGCACUGAAAAGGUGACACUCGGUGGCAAACCUAAGCCUGUCACUAUAGCCACAUUCAGGGUACUAAUGAGCCAUGGAGUUUCUCUGCAGUGUGGUGGAGAAUCCCUUGUGCUGCACUUCAGAUAAAGUCCCAUUGGUCACAGGUGUAUGACAGCGGUGAUAGCUCGCAUUAGUGAUGUGGCCAAUUAGUUAGCGCGCUUGGCCACUGCGGAUAGGGCACUUAUAGCGGGCAACAUCUGAGACUGAGGUUCUCCUGCUCGUGGGUGAUAAC